CAACCGUUACUAAAAAUCAUUAAAGACAUCUUUUCUUUUAUACCAUAAAAAAGAGGACGGUUCCAUGGCCUUUUUAUAGGUGCAAUAAGAUUGUUAAAUAAUAAUAAUAUUACCCAUGAUGUUACAACAAAAAGUAUCCUCACGCUUGUUGAGUAUUUGCAAAGGACUUGCUAUUCCUCUGAUUGAAGGGCACUUUACAACACGAUUGUCUCUACAACACAGCAGCCUGGUGAAGAAUUGAACUUCAGCUAUAAACCUUUUUUCAGGAUAAUGAACAUCCCAGGGGUAGACCGUUUCCCUAUCUAUUAAGUCAAUGCCAAAACUUCAUUUCGGACAUUCGUCAACAAAACAGCUUACAAGACAAUAUUCUCAAUGUUUCAGAAAUAGAUUGUCACAAUCAUUUAUUCCAAUAACAAAAGACAAAAGUGCUUCAAGCACAGAUUUGAAAAGCCAUGCAUUGUUAUUGAAAGGUGGAUUUAUUCGACAGAGCGGUGCAGGCAUUUAUUCGCUGCUUCCGUUUGGUUUACGAACCAUCGAAAAGAUUGAGCGUAUUAUAGAUGCAGAAAUGCAGGCAAUUGGGUGUCAAAAAUUAUCCUUGCCGACACUCCUCAACCCGGAUAACUGGAAAAAAACAGGUCGAUGGAAUGGAGUCAUAGGAGAGUUCUUCCGCUUCAAAGAUAGAAAAGAAUCAGAUAUGCUCCUGGCACCUACUCAUGAAGAAGAGAUUACGCAACUUAUAGCAAACGAUCUAAGGACAAUCAAACAGUUACCUAUACGGCUUUAUCAAAUUGGACGUAAAUACCGUGACGAACUUAGACCUAGAGCAGGUUUAUUGAGAGGACGCGAAUUCAUCAUGAAAGAUCUAUAUUCAUUUGAUGCUACGCAGGAAGAGGCCUAUAUUACUUACGAACAAGCGGGACAAGCUUAUCAGAAUAUAUUCAACCGUAUAGGUGUGCCGUUCGUCGUAGCCGAAGCGGACAGCGGAAACAUUGGCGGAUCCAAAUCACAUGAGUACCAUUUGCUUUCGAAUAUUGGUGAAGACACGUUAUUAACAUGCCAAAAAUGCGGGUAUACAGCAAAUGAGGAGUUAGCAGUUGGGAAAUACAAUCCUAAUAGAGAGGGUGUAAUGACAGAGGAGCAUUGGAAUAAUAAUGAUAUGUUAAAAUGGUUAAGGAUCGGAAGUAGAGUACAAGCAACUCUAUUAGAAUGGAGAGUGCUAUCAAAUCGAAAAAUUAAAGGGCAGAAUGAUAACAGCCAUGUAAAAGGAUUAGCAGCUGUUUUGACACCAUUCGGACGAGAGGCAAAUACACUUAAAGUACAAGCAUCUCUAAAUACAUAUUUAAGAAAACAGCAAAAAAUAGACAACAAUGCAGUACUUGACAUACAUAUCACAAACGAACUACCAAAAGAAAUCAGCAACCUACAACAUCUAUUUUUAGAUACAGCGGUCAGUAUUCAGUUACCGGAAGAAAUAACUAAUUCAGCAGAUAUAACGAUACAUCAGCCUGAUCAUUACAGGUUAGCGAAAGAAGGCGAUCAUUGUGUUUCUCGCGAGUGUGAAAACAGUAAUAAUGAACUUUCCUGUGUGAAAGCGAUUGAAUGUGGACAUACAUUUUACUUGGGUACAAAAUAUUCAUCUGCGCUAAAUUGUACUUACGCAAACGAUAAAAACGAAAAAUUGCCCGUUGAAAUGGGUUGUUACGGUAUUGGUAUCUCUCGAUUGCUGGCAGCUAUAGCUGAAAUUCGUGCUGAUAGCAAAGGUAUCGUGUGGCCUCAAGCUAUAGCACCCUUCAAAUUUUGUAUUGUGACAACAAACUCUCGUAAGCCAGAGUUGAACGACUUUGCUGAUAAGGUGUAUGAUCAACUAAAAGAUUCAGUCUUGAUGCAUGAGAACGAUAUCAUGAUUGAUGAUCGAAAUAUUGGAUUUGGUGAAAAAAUGACAGAUGCUGAACUUAUUGGGUAUCCAUACACGGUCAUUGUCGGCCCCAAAGCACUCCAAGAUGGACAAUUGGAGAUAAAAGAACGUAUUCAGUUCAAGGAGAGCCAUAAAACUACUGUUCCAUUGAAUGAAUUGGUGUCCUUUUUCAAAAGAGAACUUUGCGUACAAUAAAGAUUUGAAAUGAUUGCCAUCAUAACGGUUUUGAGGCUUUUCUUGUUUCCAGUCAAAAAUCACUCCCGCUUGGCAUACACUGGAUGAUUUGAUUUUUAAGCAGUCACAUGUAACUGAAAGGAUUGCUCCCUUCUUACAGGUCUAAUCAUUGUGCAGAAGCAGCAUUCAUAAAAUUCUCCACUCCCAAAAAGAACAAUUACAAUGUGGGUGCACUUAUAC